CGCCAAUGCCCUUGGUCACGUUCCUGGGACCAGACUCUAUCUGCCACUCAAAGUAUCGCAUCAAAUUUGAGCGGCCACAGAACAGCAGCCACAAUGAACGGAGACUCUUACUCCUCUAGAGAUAGCGGCCGCCACAGCUCAUCUCGCGACUAUCCAUCUUCCAGGAGAGACCGCGACGACAGGCGCGACCGAGGCGAUACCCGAGACCGCGGCGGCGGACGCAGAAGGUCACGUUCCCCCGACUACCGCAGCGGUCGGUCGCGCCGCGACGACGGCGAUAUCGACGCCUACUCCUCCAGCCGAAGCCACCGCGACCGGGAGCGCGAGGAUCGAUAUUCUGCACGAGACCGCCGGGGAGGCGACCGGAGUGACAGGGAGUGGGAUCGUGACAGGGGCGACCGCGGGGCCAGGAGCCGGCGCGAUGACGACGAUAGGCGCGACCGUCGCGCGGAUCGGGAUCUGUACGAUGACAGGCGAGGAGGAGGUAGUAGGCGUGAUCGGGACUACGCGAGGGACCGUGAUCGGCGGCGUAGCGUGUCGCCUCCCCCCAAGCAGCGCGAGCCGACCCCGGACCUCACCGACGUGGUUCCCAUCCUCGAACGGAAGCGGCGUUUGACUCAGUGGGAUAUUAAGCCGCCGGGAUAUGACAAUGUCACGGCCGAGCAAGCCAAGCUCUCCGGCAUGUUCCCCCUCCCGGGCGCGCCGCGGCAGCAGGCGAUGGACCCAACCAAGCUGCAGGCCUUCAUGAACCACCCCGGCGGUGCCGUCAAUAGCGCUGCCCUCAAGCCGACCAAUUCCCGCCAGAGCAAACGUCUGAUUGUUUCGAACCUUCCCCCGUCAGCCACCGAGGAGAGCCUCGUCAAUUUCUUCAACCUUCAGCUUAACGGCCUGAACGUCAUCGAGACGGCAGAUCCAUGCCUGCAAGCGCACAUCGCGCCCGAUCGCUCCUUCGCCAUGCUCGAGUUCAGGCAUAACACGGAUGCAACGGUGGCGCUGGCGCUGGAUGGCAUCACGAUGGAGGCAGAAGACGCCGAUGCAGCCAACGGAAACGGCGCGGCCACUCAGGGUCUGCAUCUCCGCCGGCCCAAGGACUACAUCGUGCCCGCGGUUGUCGAGGACCCCAACUACGACCCAGACUCCGACACGCCCUCGAGCGUGGUGCUCGACAGUCCCAACAAGAUCAGCGUGACCAACCUGCCGCUCUAUCUGACGGAUGACCAGGUCAUGGAGUUGUUGGUGAGCUUCGGCAAGCUCAAGUCGUUCGUCCUGGUCAAGGAUAAUGGCACGCAGGAGUCACGGGGUAUCGCGUUCCUCGAGUACGCCGACCCCAGUGCCACCAACGUUGCCGUCCAGGGCCUCAACAACAUGAUGCUCGGCGAGCGCGCGCUCAAGGUCCAGAAGGCCAGCAUCGGUAUCACCCAGGUCUCCGGCGAGAUGGGCGUUAACGCCAUGUCCAUGCUUGCCGGCACCAUGUCGGCGGAUGCGGGCGGCAGCCGGGUGCUGCAGUUGCUGAACAUGGUGACGCCGGAGGAGCUGAUGGAUAACGAUGAUUACGAAGAAAUCCGUGAAGACGUCCAGGAGGAGUGCCAGAAGUUUGGCAAGAUCCUUUCCCUCAAGAUUCCUCGGCCAGUCGGCGGUAGCAGGCAGUCUGCAGGCGUCGGGAAGAUCUACAUCAAGUAUGAGACUGCUGAAUCCGCGACCAAGGCGCUGCGGGCAUUGGCGGGCAGGAAGUUUGCGGAUCGCACCGUCGUCACAACAUACUUUCCAGAGGAGAAUUUUGAUGUGAAUGCUUGGUAGUUGCGAGUGAGUGAGCGAAGGGAUGUGAAAGACUCGAGGAGAUUAUGAUGGGAGCCA